AUGUGGGAGGUCAUUGACUUUGGCAGUUCAUGCUACGAGCACCAACGCGUGUACACCUACAUUCAGUCGAGGUUCUACCGAGCGCCCGAAGUGAUGAUGGGCGCGCGAUAUGGCAUGCCUAUAGACAUGUGGUCGCUAGGGUGCAUAUUGGCGGAGCUGCUAACAGGCUUUCCCUUACUACCCGGUGAAGAUGAAUUGGACCAGAUGGCGUGUAUUAUCGAACUCCUAGGCAUGCCACCACAGAAGCUCAUCGAGCAGGGAAAGAGAUCGAAAAACUUCAUUAGUAGCAAAGGCCUUCCGCGGUAUUGUACUGCCACCACGCUUCCUGAUGGGGUCACGGUUCUUGGUGCAGGUAUGUCAAGAAGAGGAAAGCCGAGAGGUCUGCCCGGAUCGAGAAGUUUUGUCACUGCACUGAAAGGCUGCCAGGACAAGUUCUUCAUCGAUUUCAUAAGAAGAUGCUUAGAAUGGGACCCGGAAAAGCGGUUGACGCCGGCACAAGCGCUCCGCCACGCGUGGCUGCGCCGGCGGCUGCCGCGGCCGCCGCACGACGACGAGCCGCACGCUGCGCACGCCGCGCACGCCGCGCACUCGCAGCCGCACUCGCAGUCGCACGCGCAGCCGCAGGCGCACGCGCAGCCGCACCAGCACGCACAGGCCCAGCCCGUGCCCGCCAACCACUCGGGCGGCGCGGGGGGCGCAGGGGGUGCGGCAGUUGCGGGCGCGGGGGCGGCGGGGGCGGGUGUGGGCACGGGGGCGGCUGGUGCCGCGGCGACGGGCACGGGGGGCGCGGGGGGCGCGGGGGGCGUGGGCGGUCGCAGCGGCUCCCUACGGACGCCCCUUGCGCGCACUCCGGUCACCUUCAACGCAUCCCAAGUCGCCAAAGCGAAGCUGCAGGCGGCGCUGUCGGAGGAGAGCGGGUCGGGGCGCUACUGGGCCGCCAAGCUGCCGCACCUGCCCGCGCCCUCCUAG